AUGUUCUCUCGUAUCCCUCGCCGCUUCUCUGCCUCGAUUGCCGUUCUCGGCAUCGUGGCGUGUGUAGGCCUUUGGUCGGGUAGGCUUCCUUUGUCCAGGACAAAGGCGUGCGCGGAGGUCAUCAGCGAACUCCUGGAGUUACAGUGGAAGGGCGAAAUCAGACCGCACAAAUAUGUGUCCUCGAUUCCUGGCCUCGUACAUUUCGCUGGAACUCUAGAAGGGGCUCUGAACGAACGGAAGUAUGGACAGCCCGCGAAGGGCAUGGUUGAUCCUGACGUUCAAGACGUGCAUUAUCUUCGGGACCAGCUUGAUAACCUUGAUGAAUCGUUAACUCUCGUUAGAAGCCGCGCGCUCUAUACACACAACAUUCUUCUGCGUCAACUGCAGAAGUACAAGGCUGCGGUCGACCUCUCCAUGCUCCCCCUCUGGCUCGGACCACCCACACCCAGUACGCUACGCUCUCUAUUCGAUGAUGAGGUGCAUCCCUACCUGUUGGCGCUCCAAGAGGCCAUAGCCGUCAAUCGCGGACUGAGCUCCGUACUCGAUCGUAUUCAAGAGCGGUCGCCGGAAGUCUUUCCGCUCGCACGCAACAUAACCGCCGGUACUCGCUUGGUAUCCUCAUACGAUGCCAAACAGUCUCGCAGUGGCGAUAUCGCGGUAUCUUUGCUAUCCUUGGAUGCCUGGUGGUCGGCAUGUCUGGCUCUUCACGACGAGCUACUCCCUUUUUUUGACGCUCACCUUCGGGCUGUAUCCGAGUUACAUCACAAAUACAGCGUCGGCAAGAUUCCGUCCUGCCCAACUUCGCCUUGGUUCAGCACUUCUCUCUAUCAAGGCAUGGACAAGAUCCUUAGGCUGCUUGAGGACGUACUACCGGCUUCCUUCGAUGCUACGGAGAGGGAGACUAUACACAUGGAAGCGAAGGGGGUGAUAGAAGCGGAGAUAUGGGUUAGUCUUGUCUGUCCGAGCGAUUAG